AGAAGUGUUUCACUGCCGCCGGCAAGACGCUCUGUUAGUGUUGCUUUGUGUAACAGCGCGGCAGCAAGGAAACCCGAAAAGGUCGUCACCAUGGGUGCCGCUCCCACAGCAGAGCCCGAAUAUGUGGGCGACGGUGGUGUCCAGGAGAAGCGAGUGUCCGUCGAGGUCAACCUCAAGCCCGAUGAGGAGGAUGAAGAAGAUGAGGCCAUCACCGAUCUCUUCACUAGCUUCCCUACCAUCAAGGGCAUCGAACCCGAGCCCAAUCCCUUGACUGUUCGAGCAGUGCUCACUGGAAUCGUCCUGGGUUCUCUGGUCAACGCUUCCAAUGUGUACUUGGGUCUCAAGACCGGAUUCACCUUCCCAGCAACGAUGUUUGGUGCCAUUUUUGGAUACGGUUUCAUCCUCUUCCUCACCAAGAUCGCCCCCGGCAUUCCCGGCAUUGGAACCCGGUUCGGCCCCCAAGAAAAUUCGAUUGUUCAAGCUGCUGCGACAGGUGCUGGUGGCAUGGCUGGUCUCUUUGUGGCUGGUCUGCCUGCCAUGUACCGUCUGAGUUUGCUGUCAGAAAAUCCCAAGGACGACUUUGGCCGUAUCCUCACCAUCACCCUGGUGUGUGCCUUUUUCGGCCUCUUCGCCGCCGUGCCGCUUCGAAAGUUCUUUAUUAUCAAUGUAGCUCGUGAAUUAAACUUGGUGUUCCCAUCGCCGACAGCCACAGCCCUUGCGAUCCGAUCAAUGCAUGCUGUCGGCAGUGGUGCAGGUGAUGCUAUGCGCAAAGUCAAGGCUCUGGGAUACGCUUUCUUGGGUGCCUUUACCCACAUCGUUGUGUCCCAGUAUGCUGAUGGCAUCUUGCACAACUGGCACAUCUUCACCUGGUUCUAUAUCUGGAGUGGAUACAAGAACUGGGCUCUCAACAUCGAGAACUGGGGCUGGUACAUUCAGCUGACCCCCGCCUUCUUCGGCUCCGGUAUUCUUGUUGGUCUCAACGCUGCCGUCUCUUGGUGGCUGGGUACUGUUGCUGCCUAUGGUCUGAUUGGACCUCUUCUCGUUCACUAUGGUGAAUGUGUCGGCAAGCCCAUUGGCGAAGGCAAGUGGGAAGGUCUUGUCAACUUCAACAGCAUGAGCGGCAUUGGUACUCCCGGAUGGAUUCCCUCGCCCCGAUACUGGAUGCUGUGGCCCGGUGUCAUGGUUCUUAUCGUCUACAGUCUGGUUGAGUUCCUCAUCCACAUUCGUGUCAUUUAUGACGGUUUUAAAUAUGCUCUUCGUAACUUGGCUGGCUCUAUCAACGGCGCCCUGCAAGCUCGUGGCAAGAACAACGCAUUCCUGGAGAAGCAAGCCGCAAAGGCCAAUGAAGAGUCAUCCCUGAUAGAAGAUUUUGCCCCUCCCGAGGACCAGGUUCCCAUCUGGAUCUGGGUGACUGGAUCGAUUACCUUUGUCGUUGUUGCUUGUAUUGUCUGCGAGCUGCAGUUCCACAUGAAUGCUGGCUUGGCUAUUCUUGCCUGCAUCUUGGGUCUUGUUUUCGCUUUCCUCAGUAUCUAUGGAGGUGCUGUUACUGAUACUGCGCCCCUUACUGCUUCCUCCAAGGCUUCUCAACUUGUUUUCGGUGGUAUCACCAAGAACCACUACUCCAUUCAGAAUGCUCAGCGUAUCAAUCUUAUUGCUGGUAACAUCGCGUCUGGUACUGCUGACGUCGCUACCAACCUGGUUAGCGAUUUCCGUGUCGGCUUCCUUCUUCGAACCCCUCCUAAGCUGCAGUUCUACGCCCAGGCCACCGGUGCCUUGGUCUCUAUCUUCCUCGCCCCCGGCAUCUUUGUCCUUUUCAUGGCCGCUUAUCCCUGUAUCCGCGACCAGACCAUUGAGGAGUGCCCAUUUUCUGCACCAUCGGUUGUCGCUUGGCAAGCAGUUGCCCAGGCCGUGACCCUCCCUAAGCUCCCUAUUCCGCUGUCCUCGGGAAUUUUCGCCAUCGUUUGCGGUGUUGUUUGCGCUAUUCAGGCUCUCGUCAAGAACUUCUACUUGGUCGGAUCCCGUGAGAAAUAUCGCGAUUACCUGCCUAAUUGGAUGUCAAUUGGUGUUGCCUGGGUUUUGGGUGUCGACAGUGGAUAUGCUAAUGCUAUCCUGUUUGGCAGUAUCACAGCUUGGUGGUGGAAGAAGUAUUUCGCAAAGGGCUUUGACACUUACGCAUUUUCCGUUGCCGCUGGCCUUGUUGCCGGAGAGGGUCUUGCAGGUGUCGUUAAUGCUGCUUUGACAUUGGGAGGUGUUGACGGAACAAAGAAGGGCACAAUGAUUGCUCUGCCUGGAGAGGACUGGUAAUUGAUAAAGCCAAGGUGUAAUGAUCUCCGCCACACGGAGUAGAUAUUAAUAUAACGUGAACGCAAAAAUACCUGCACUCG